AUGAAAACUGGGCCUGUGGCUCAAAGGAAAAAGGAAGACUUUGGUCGAGGACCCAGAGGAAUCAGGAGAUUAAGAGAUAGUAUUUUUUGCUCUGAAGAGGAUAACAGCCUGUAUUUUACAUACAGUGGCAAAUCAAAUGUCCUAGAAGUCAGAGAGCUCAACUACCAGGUUAACAUGGCAUCUCAGAUUCCCUGGUAUGAGAACCUAGCAGAACUGAAAAUGCCUUGGAUAUGGAACAAAGGCCCAGAUUACCAUGUGCCAGCAAUCCAGAAUCUGAACUUCAAAGUUCAAAGUGGCCAGAUGCUAGCUGUGAUAGGAAGCUCUGCCUGUGUAAAAACAUCCUUACUUGAUGUGAUAACCUGUCAAGAUCAUGGUGGCAAAAUUAAAUCUGGCCAAAACAUAAUCAAUGGAAAACCCAGUACUCACCAGCUUGUUAAGAAAUGCGUUGCACAUGUGCGUCAGGAUGAUCAACUACUACCCAACCUAACAGUCAAAGAAACAUUAUUAUUCAUUGCAAAACUGCGUCUCCCGAAGACUUUUUCAGACUCACAAAGGGAAAAAAGGGUGGAAAACGUUAUAGCAGAACUGCGGUUACGACAGUGUGCAAACACAAGAGUAGGGAAUGAAUACAUCCGAGGUGUGUCGGGGGGAGAAAGGUGAAGAGUAAGCAUUGGAGUGCAGCUGUUGUGGAACCCUGAACCAAGCAUUUCUGGAACAGCCCAGGACAUGGUCCAAUAUUUCACAGAAAUCGGCUAUCCCUGCCCAAAAUACAGCAAUCCUGCAGAUUUCUAUGUUGAUUUGACCAGCACUGAUAAACAGAGCAAAGAGAAGGAGAUGGAAAGUCAGAAAAGGGCAAGGUCACUUGCCACCUUGUUCUGGGAGAAGGUCAAAGAUUCUGAUGACGUCUUAUGGAAAGCUAAUGAACGAGCCUGUGUGAUGACUGUUCACAGUGAACAAAGUUUCCUUUUCACUCCAGAAGAGGUGAUUAACAUGCACUCCCAGUCAACUGAGCAGUUACCAGGCGGCUUAAAGCAGUUUACUGUAUUACUAAGUCGGCAAAUCUCCAGUAACUUCAGAGAUCUUUCAACGUUAUUAAUCCAUGGAUCUGAGGCCCUUCUAAUGUCAUUCUUAAUUGGAUUCUUAUACUAUGGUCAUGAGAAAAGCAAGCUAUCUAUUCAGGACACAACAGCACUGUUGUUUAUGAUAGGUGCACUAAUCCCCUUCACAGUGAUUCUGGAUGUUAUUUCAAAAUGUCAUUCAGAAAGAGCUAUGCUUUAUCAUGAUUUAGAAGAUGAGAUGUAUUCUGUUACUCCCUACUUCUUUGCUAAGAUUUUGGGGGAGCUUCCAGAACACUGUGCUUUUGUAUUAAUUUAUGGAGUUCCUAUCUACUAUCUCAGUCCUGAACCAGAACAUUUCCUUCUUAACUUCCUGGCAGUCUGGUUUGUGGUUUUCUGUGCCCGAGCAACGGCACUAUGGUUUGCAGCACUGUUCCCAACACUGCAGAUGUCAACCUUCUUCGGCAACACCAUUUUCACAACAUUCUUCAUGAGUGGCGGUUUCGUGGUAAGGUUAGAAAACCUGUGGCUAGUUCCACUUUGGAUUUCUAAACUAUCUUUUGUCAGAUGGAGUUACAAAAGCCUGAUGCAAAUUCAGUUCACUGAACUCACAUACCAAAUGACAGUUGGAAAUGUUACCUUUCAAAUUCCAGGGAAACUUGUAAUUCAAGCUAUGAAUCUGGACUCAUACGCUCUCUACACAAGCUACCUCAUUGGUAUUGGUACUGGUUUCAUGCUUUUCUACUAUUUAUCUCUGAGGUUCAUCAAGCAGAAAUCAAAUCAAGAUUGGUAACAGAGUAAAAAUGAAGGAAAGAUUAGCAUGAGUGGGUGGUUGGUUAUUGUGACUUGUGUAAAACACCUGCCCACUCCCUCACCGCAAAAGGGAUCCCACCUUUUACACUUCAUGAUGUUCAUGUUUUUUUAGUACACUACAGCAAAGAUGUACUGUAAAACUCAUUCUUUUAAUAUCACAUUGUUUUAUGUAAACCACUGGAUGGCAGCAGAAUACAGAUAGUUGAAAGCCAGCUUCAGAAUCUUUGACUGUGCUAUAAGUGGUAAAAAAAACUAAACUACUAACUUGUGCCUUCAACGUUUUUCCUUUUGACGUCGUCAUUAUAUAGGUGACAAGAUACAUGUGACUCACAUAUAUGUUUUAGUUCAAGAAUAUGGGGCUAGAUCCUCAGCUAGUGUAAAGCAGUGUAGCUCCCUUGACUUAAAUGAACUUACACCAAUUUACACCAGCUGAGGAUCUGGUCUAUAGACUCUAAAUGAAUAUUGACCAUAUACUUAAUUUGGAGACUCAGAUAGAGUAACAGUAUAAUGAAAAUAAUGAUUUACAUUUUUCAACAUCUCUCACCCACAAAGAUCCCACUGUAUACACUAUAUAUAAAUCACUUCACUCAGUGCAAGACAGCAGACAGAGAAUGAUAACUUUGUAACAAAGCAAUUUAGGACAGGAGAUGAAGCCUGUGAUUUCAUUGAAGCUACUGAAGAAUUUUAUGUAGGCAGAAGGUAAUGAUCCAAACCAGAGAGUUAAAAAUAAUUCAGAACAAUUGUUAAAUGUUUCAGAGAUUCUGCAUUUGUAUUUUAUUUGCAUGUUGUUGAUGCACUUCUGUUGACUGUAUGGAUGAUUCCUUGUUACAAAUCAAUAUGUCACUAUGU